AUGACCGUAAUUUCGGCAGCUGGGGAUAUCCUCCCGACGGAGAAGACCCUGGUUUCCGGGCAAUUGUCUCAGAUCGAGCGCUCGUUGGUCCUCAGUGCCGAUCAUUUGGACUCUGGCACAGCCACCUAUGGAUCCGGUCCCGCUUUCUAUACUAUUAUCCUCGAGGCCAUAGCUGGUGGAGGUGUCAUGGUAGGAUUGCCAGUGCCAGAAGGGCAGAUUAUGGCUGCUCAGAGCAAGCUAUUGCUGUCCUGUUUUCUGGUUCAUUUAUGGGUUCAUUUGUUGAUGUUGUUGGGUCUGUAGGAGCUUAGAGACAAACAGAGAGGUCACAUUCAAGCAGUACCAAACCAGCCAGUGAGUUGCGUUCCAGCGCUAUAGAUAGGACACUCAGAGUAG